AUGAAGGUCAAUACUCUCUGGGCUGCGGCCCUCGCUGUUCUGCCUCUGGUCUCUGCUGUCCCAGCGGACAACAAGAAGAAGAAGACCAAGACUCCUAAACCAGAACCUGUGUUUUCGGACAAAACGACGCACUACUGGGAAAUGUCGACGGAUUAUGAGACCUACGCGACUGUCGUCCCUAUCUCUACAGAGACCAUCUUGCACACCCGCACCAUCUACGGGGCGAAGCCGCAGGCUGUUCAGACCGUUACAGUCACUAUCCAGCGCUUCGUGGAAACAUCAGCCAAGUCUGUCAUCACUGUCCUCGAGACACCCACUCCCACACCGCAGGUCGUGGUUAUGCCACCGGUGCCCGUCACUGUAGCUACCACAGUCACCACUCAAGGAACCAUUACGGUCUUCCCUGUCGUCCAAGUCACAGUCCAGCCUCAGCCAGAGUACGAGACAUUCUACGUCACCCAGAUUGUGAGCGGCGUCCGUCCAAAGACCGCUGCUCUCGGCAAGCGUGAAGAACCGGAUGCCCUGCCAGGUGCCACUUCGACCACCACGGCUGUGGUAGCUCAGGCUGUCGGCACUGCAUCCAGCAGGUCCACUCCGGCUGUGGCUGUUCAGCCUGCAGCCACGAGCUCUGUUCCGGUUGUGCUUGUGCGGCCUCUCAGCACGGCAUCCACCCUCACCGUUACCGCGGCCGGGGCCCCUUCCGUGGUCGUCUUGCCAUCCAGCUUGACUCGAACAGUGACCCAGUCCAGCGCUGCGCAGCUUGUCGCCGGUCUUCCGGUUGGGACCUCCAUCGCUGGAGCCCUAUCGGCUCCUCCAGUUGCGGUAGCAACGAACGCCGUCACUGUGACAGGCACCAUGGUCGGCACCAAUGUCGUCGCCGUCGUGAGCGGUGUUGCUCGAACUUUGACAGGUGCAGCGAUCAUUCCUGCCGCCACUGUGGUUCGCACGACUGUCACUGGCAGCGUGGCGACCGUGGGUGGCCAGGUUGUCUCCCUGGUCGGGACUCAUUCUGUGGUCAUAUUAUUGCCGGCAGCAGCAACCAAUGCACGGUCUGCUGUGACUCCUACCCUGCCUGGCCUGCCCGCCGCUUCGAGCAAGGCAUCUGUCUUGGGCACCUCGACAGUCACUGGUACACCGAUUUUCGUCGUUGUCGCUGUGCCUGCGACUUCGAGCGUUGCAACUUCGAGCAGGUCCUCGUCAGCUUCCGCUCAGAUGGAGACGGUCACUGCCCCCAGCUCUACGCAGACAGUCAUGGAUGUCGGCCCUCAGUCAGUAAGCGAGUCGAGCUCCUCCUCAGCAUCAGAGCCAUCGCCUUCUGAGGAACCCGUUGUGUCGGCGGGACCAUCUGCCUCGUACGCUCCACCUUCGUCUGCCGCUUACGAGGACCCACAGACCUCCUCUGGCUACGUCCCGCCCAGUGAUUCUCCGGCUCCAUCGUACAGUGUACCUUCUGGACAGCAUGAGAAGCGACAAUAUCAGACGAACACUCCUUCUCCAUGCCCGGCAGCAGGCUCCACUGAUAGCCAAGGCCGACAUAGCUGCAAUCCAGCUCACCAAUACCCAGAAGGCCAGAUCUGCCAGCUUAUCGAUGGGUGCUACUUCCUCCGCUACGAGGCUCCUGGUGUGACUGCUCCUCCAUCUUCCGUCCCAUCUUGCCCGUCGGCUGGCAGCACUGAUAAAGAAGGCCGAUAUAGCUGCAACCCUGCACAUCAAUAUCCAGAGGGACAAAUCUGCCAGCUUGUCGAUGGAUGUUACUUCCUCCGCUCCGAGGCUGCUGGUGUCAGUGCAUCAGCGACUCACUCCGCUUCCACUCCAUCGUCAUCCUGCCCGGCCGCUGGCAGCACUGAUAGCGAAGGUCGAUACAGCUGUAACCCAGCCCACCAGUACCCCGAAGGUCAGAUCUGUCAGCUCGUCGAUGGGUGCUACUUCCUUCGGUACGAGGCUCCUGGCGUGACUGCCACUCCUUCCGGAAAGGGUCCAGCUGGUUACGCUCCACCAAAGUCGACAGGAUACGGCAAGCCAAGCACAUCCGAGCAGAUGAAGAAGAACACAUAUGUGGCUCCACCACCAUCGCAGCCACCUCAGACGUACAAGAUGACCAAGUCCACUCUGGCGUACCAGGCUCCUUCGCAACCACCUCAGACCUACAAGAAGAGCAGCUCUAAGCCCGUGUACGAGAAGCCUUCGCAGCCCCCUCAAACAUACAAGAAGAGCACGCCAGUCUACCAAAAGCCAUCGCAGCCCCCUCAAACAUACCAGAAGAGCACACCAGUCUACCAAAAGCCUUCACAACCACCCAAGUCUGUCCCGGUCUACAAGCCUACGACUUUGACCAAGAAGACUACGGUCACCACGACUGUGCAGACUACCCGUAUCAUCACCAAGACGAAGAGCAAGAACUCCAAUGUGUACGUUCCACCAACGACAAAGCCGGUGUACGACAAGCCAAAGCCCUCGGUCCCUGUCUACCAGCCUCCAACGUACACCAGGCCUGCACCAAAGCCUUCGCAGCCAGCUUACAUCCCUCCUCCUCCUCCUAAGCCAAGUCAGCCUAAGCCAAGUCAACCAUACGUGCCACCUCAACAACCAUCCAAGCCAGCUCCAAAGCCAAGUCAGCCAUACGUGCCUCCACAGGCACCGAGCCAACCUCCAAAACCUUCCCAACCAUACUCUCCACCACAACAACCUUCGCAGCCACCAGUUGCACCCCCGAAGCAACCUUCGAUGCCGCCGAAGGAGCCGCAACCACCUGUUUACCAACCUCCACCGCAGCAGCCAGCGCCAAGCAAGAGCCAAAUGGCACCUCCCAAGCCUGUGUACACUGGCGACGCAGGUAUGGUGGCGGUCAAUUCGCUGUGGGCUCUUUUGGCGACGGCUUUUGUGGCUUUCUUCUACUUGUAG